AUGAAAAACAAAGAGCUUGAGGCUGCAAAGAUUCAAGUUGAAGAGCUUAGGGCAAAACGCCAAGCUGAGAUUGAUGAACAGAUGAAAGAUAAGGGAAAGGGUGCUGAAAGCAGUGUGGCAGCAGUUGAGAGAUCAAUUGUUCCAUCCUUAGUGGUUGAAAAUCCAGUACCUUUAUCUUCAGUAUCAGCAAUCUUUGAAGAACCUGUAACACUGGAAGAUCUUGCUGCUGAUGACGAUGAAGAAGAUGAUGAGGAGGAUGACGAUGAAGAGGGUGAUGAAGAAGAGGGUGAUGACGAGGAAGAUGACGAUGAUGAGAAAGACUUUUCAGCUAGCAGUCAUGGUUCUGAUAAUGACGAUGACGAUGCUCAAGGUGGUAUGGGAAUUAAAGUAACUGAAGCUUCCAAUGAAAGAACUGUUGAUGACUUUCUGAAUGAUUCUGUGAAUGAAGAGUCAUGCGGAGCUGAAGGAAAGGGGGAGUCUUGUUGGGAUUGA